GCGCAGGCGCACUUCCUCAGCCAGAAGGUCAAAAUAAAGAGGGCGGGCUUUAGGCCCGCGCAGGCGCAAUUGUGGGCCAGCCUGCCAAGAUGUCGGUCCCCAAGUACGAACCGUCGCGGCUGGCCACUCUGCCCACUACCCUCGACCCUGCCGAAUACGACAUAUCUCCGGAAACCCGGCAGGCGCAAGCCGAGCGGUUGGCAAUCAGAUCCCGGCUUAAACGGGAGUACCUGCUUCAGUACAACGACCCCAGCCGCCAAGUGCUCAUCGAAGAUCCUGCCUUGGUGCGUUGGACCUAUGCAAGAUCAGCAAAUAUCUAUCCCAAUUUCAGACCCACUCCCAAGAACUCCCUUUUAGGAGCUCUAGUCGGAAUUGGGCCCCUCUUUUUCUUGUAUUAUGUUUUGAAAACUGACAGAGAUAAGAAAGAAAAACUUAUCCAGGAAGGAAAAUUGGAUCGAACAUUUACCAUCUCAUAUUAAGUCUGAUGAUGAUAAUUAUGUAUUACUGUUUAAAUAAAUCUGUCAAUCAUUAAAUCUUUCUUUUUCUUAGUAUUGUU